AUGUCCGAUCUGCUCGACGAGAUACUUCUCAACAUAGAUGCCACAACAGCCAACGAAGUCCAGCUGGACGAUGAACAGAUUGCUGAGCUUCUAGGUGACGAUGACGUGGCACCGGUGGCUCCAGAUGCGCCAGAAGCGGCGGACCCAGAAGAAGUGGAUCCAGAAGAGCCAGCAGAAGUUUCCGACGUCGAAGUGCUUGAGAAUGUUCCAGAAGCGCCACUUGAGGACGACGAGGGAUUCGAUGAUAUUCAGGAGAUUGAUGCGGAAUACGCGAAUAUCGAUGUGCCACCUCCAGAAGAUCCAUUGGCGGCAGUUCGAGAGAUUCUGGCACAACAUAAUAUGAAUUUGGAGGAGGACAGCGAUGGUGUGGAGGUUAUGGAAGAAGAAGGGACGUCAUCUGGAGAAGAUGGGAAGAAGAAUGGAGAUCAGGAGGAGGUGAUGAUAGAGUCGGAUGAGGGAGAAGGGGAAGGAGAAGCUAUUGAAGGCGAUGGAGAAGGAACAUCCACUCGCAAACGUGCCGCUACAAAUGGCACCGCUCCAGGCGCGAAACGUCGCCGCUCCGGACCAUCUCAACCAUCUUUGGCGGCUCGUAACUCGGUGAUCAAGGCGAUGACAGAGAUUUUAGGCAGCUGGGAAUUUCAAGCGAAUCGCUCGAAUUUGAAAACUCUGAAGGAUUUACAUUUGACACGAUUCGCCUACGUUUCGGAGCAGAAUCAGAAACAGAUCAUUGCUCUCAAAACGGAAGUCCUCCGACUCAAAGGACUCCUCCAUGACGAGCGUCAAUCUCAUGGUCAAACCCUAUACGCAUUGAAAGAACUCGGAAUGGAUGCUCAGAAAAUGAGAAAACAAGUGGAAGAACUCUCGCUGAUGGUCACCCAACCGCGAUGCAUCACUAUAAUGGAUGACGUGGCACCGACGGCGGCGCAAGUUGAGAAAUACCAUCGGGAGCAGAAUGGUCGUGAGAAGCAACAGCAGCAGCAGCAAUCGUCGAGCCAUCAACAGAGACAACGAGAUGUCUAUAUGUCGCCACAACGACAGCAUCAGAUGAGAAUGCAACAGGAUCCAAUGAUGAGACAACGACUCGAAAUGAAUGGAUAUGGUCGGCCGGAGAUAGAGCAGAGACGACGACUUCAUGGGGAGAGACAGAUCUACCAACACCAAAACACCCCUCAACAUUACCACAACUCUCCACAAGUCACCGGUCCACAAUUUCCAAGAGCACGUGCCAGAACCUCCACUGCUGCCGCCGCCCAAGCUCUUCUCCGCAACGUUGCCAUCGCUUCUGGUAUCCCAUUACCACAGCCACCAGUACGCGUAGUGAUCCCACCACCAGGACCCGGACAACCGAAAUGGCAACAGAUUCCACCGCCACCAGUUCUGAUGGGACACUCGGAUGGGAUUCCGAAUCCUGACGGUCCCCAAAAACUAAUCGACUGCACCCGAGCCAACGACAACAUCAUCAAACUACACAUUCCAUUCGUCCCCGUUCGUCUCAUCAUCUCGUCUGGAGACUCGGCACGUCUUCCGUCAAAUCCACGUUGCUUCAGUGGAAUGCCACAUUGUCCGGAUCUCAGCAUUGUUAUCACAUCAAGUCAGGCGGAUUUCAGAGAGAAUUGGCAGAUUGCCGGAAAGAUUAACUACGAGUAUUUGGGCGAUUUGGAUGAUACGAAAAUCCAAAUAUUCGUCCAAGUGGCAUCGAUGAAGUUCAGUGGAAUCAACGGAAUUCCGAAUCCCGACAUGCCAAACGCCGUCAUAGACUGGGGAAUUUCGAAUUCGUGGGGUUGUAAAGCCAAAUCUCACAAAUUCCGCGUCGUCUUCCAUCAUCGACAACAGAUUCCGAUGAACGAUCGGAUUACGGUAAUGGUGGCCGCGAGGAACGAGAAUACGGGAAUCACUCAGAUUUCACCGCCAGUCUUCAUGCAACUACAGUAA